AUGACAGAUAGCACACCUUUAGACGAGCUUCAAUGGAAAUCACCAGAGUGGAUCCAAGCAUUUGGACUACGAACAGAUAAUGUUCUAGAGUAUUUUUCACAGUCACCAUUUUUCGAUCGAACAUCAAAUAAUCAAGUUGUCAAGAUGCAAUCACAAUUCAAUGAGAAUAUCCAAUUACAUAGUUUAAAUAUUGAAUUUGAACUGAAGAAAAUGAAAGGUAUUGAAUUUGUCAUAUUACAUCGCCGUGAACCUGAUUUUUGGAUUAUUAGAAAACAAUAUAGAACAGGUCCAGAACAAGUUGAAUCAUUAUCUGAUUAUUACAUUAUAGGUGCAAAUGUUUAUAUGGCACCAACUGUGAAAGAUGUUGUUUCAACAAGAUUACUCAGUUCUGCAUUAUCACUAAAAAAUUCAUUAGAUAAACUACAAUCACUAGCACAAUUCACACCAUCAGAUGGUCAUACAUAUAGACUCGAAGCUAGUGAAACUCAACCACCAUCAAGAUCGAGAACUUUGGGGAAUACACCUUACAGUCCUGCAACUCCCACAGUACAAGGUUCAAGUCCAAUAACCAAAAAUGAAUCACUUUCGACUGCAACAAUAGAUAACCUUUUCAAUAUUUCAUUAAAAGGGAAUAUACAGUACUUGGAAGAAACACCUACACAAAGUACACCACAGAUUCCUGCACAAAAAUUACCAACAAAGCCUAUACCUGUACUUGAUGGUGAUCAACAAAAUAUUCAAUAUUUAAAAAAGGGUAAGAAACCAUUGAGAUAG